CCCCUGCUCUACAACUCAAGGGCGGAGCGAGGCGCCCCCCCCUUCCCCCCUGCAGGCCCGAGAGGCGGCGCAAAGGCCGCUCCUUCGCCGCGAGGGGAACCUGUUCGCCGCCUGCCGAUCCCCCCCGCUUCUCUUCCGCCGCCGCGGCAUGACGGGAGGGCCGCGGCGGGGAGUUAUGGGGUUGACCCGCGGAGUCCACUGCAGGCGGUGCUGGUGCUGGCAGCUGCGGGGCUUCCCCGCCUUCCCGAGAGGCUCAGCCGCCCAGCGCGGAGGGGUCGGGCGCCUCCUGCCUCCCUCUGGCCGUUGCCCGUUUCUGCCGCUGACCCCCGCGCGCUUUUAUAGCAGCGGCAGCGGCGGCUCCAGGUCGGAGGAGCGGACGCUUUUCUUGGGGUUCCCCAACCCCUUGAGAUGGCUCCGCACUCGCCUCUACUUCUUCCUCAUCCGCACCUAUUUCGACCGCGACUUCAGCGUCCAGGAGUUCAUGCAAGGGGCGAAGCACGCCUUUACUGUUGUUUCAAGGCUAAUUUCUCAGUGUAAAUACGAUGUAUUGGAAGAACUUGUAUCAAAAGAGAUGAUUCAGGUGUUAAGAGAGAAGCUCUCUUCAUUGUCUGAAAACCACAGAAAAGCCCUGGCUGCGGAGAUGGAUGAAAUUAUGUUCACAGCAACAGGAGAUGUGGGCAUUUACUAUGAUGACAGUGGCAGGAAGUUUGUUAGUAUCCUGAUGUCGUUCUGGUAUCUGAGCAGUGCUGACAUCCCUGAUAAGACUCCAGAAGGAGCCAAAGUAUUCCAGAUUGCACUUAGCGGUGAAAACACACCAAAAAGAAGACAUCUUUUAUUAGCAAACUACGAGUUUCGAAGAGAAUUCACACAGGGUGUGAAGCCAGACUGGAUGAUUACAUGGAUUGAACACCCAAACCUAUUGGAAUAAGUUCCUAGAACAAAGACUUUCAUAUACUAGUAAUAUUUUGGCAUAUCAAGAAACAUCUCAAGAUAUGUAUACCACAAUACAUAGUGGACUAAUUUUGUGGGGUUUGCCUGAAUACCAUCUUGCACUGAACAAUAUAAAUAAUGUCUUUCCCAUCAGAGUUGAAAGCACAGUUUGGACCAAUGUGUAAUGGGGAACAUGUUAAGUUGGUAUGAUAAACAUCUUGAUGUGCUCUGGAAGAAGAUAAUUCAUAGUUCAUAAUUGAACAUUGCAUCUUUUUUCUUCAACCAUCUUCAGAAAGUGAAAUGGGUGGUCUCAAAAAAAUAAAAAAGAGAAAGAAGUGACUUCCAAAUAUCAGACUUUACCUGAGUCCAUUGAUAACGCAGUACUUAACAGCCAAGGUCUUGAUUUUAGGAUCAAGUACACUAGAAUGCAUAAUUUACUUUUCAGUGGACAUAUUAUCUGGAUCAUUCAACAAUGAAAGUAAAGAUAGAUUUCAUAUUUAUACAGAAUUAAGUUUUGUACUUUUUUUUUACUUUGGUACUUUUUUCUGUAUAUUUGAUAAUGAAAGUAAAAACUAUAAUAGCCAUGUGCAACUUUUAGCUGAGAUCCAAAAUACAGUAUAGUGGGGUGUAUGGGGUAUGGUAUGGUGUGUGGUAUGAUGAACUUAAUUUCAAUGUGAGGCAGAUUUCUGUAUUUUUUUGUGUGACAGUGCCAGAGCUUAAAUGUAGGUCUUCAUACAUAUAAAAUAUAUAGGAUUAAAUUGACAUCUACUAAGUGGCUAAAAUCCCAAGGUGAUUGUUCUCAGAAACAUUCACCAAUCCGAGUAUUGCUCCUUUUAUGCAUUUAAAAUGACUUAUUGAAGCUUGACAGCAUAAGAUGAUUUGAAUUAAUUCUCUGAGAUUGCAAAAGAUUUUGUGAUAUUUUAGUUUAAUCUUCAAACUCUCCUGCUUGUGCAUUUUACUGGAAAAGCAGGACACUGAAGAAUGUCUCAGUUAAUGAAAGAACAGCAGAACAGCCAACUGACCAUCCAGUUAGCCAUUUCCACAGGGAUCAUUGUACUUCUUAUGCGUAGACAGCAGGCACAGUGCCUGGAUGUUAGGAGCUCCUUUCCAUGAGUCAGACUAUUGAUCCCCUUGAUCAUUCAGAUCACACUAGAUGAUCUGUUGAAGCGGAUGCCAUCAUUUACUUUCCUGUUGUGACAGUAUAAGAGGCCUGCCAGUCUGAAUCCAUUUAUUUUGGAAAUCAUACUGAUGCAGGGUAUGUGGGCUAUAUGAGGGCCACAUCAUUGUGUUUGACCUCGGAGGGGGAGGCAUGAUUAGGAGAGACUGACCAUGGCGGGCAUGGCUGGUGGGCGUGACAAGGGACUCGUAUUGGGGGCACCUGUGGUGGCCAAGUGCUAAGGCAGGAUUUCCCUGAGAUCCUCUCUCAUUCUCAUUAUAAUCUUCCUUCCUUCCUUUUCUUCUUUUUCCUUUCCUCUUUAUUCUUCCUUCCCCUCUUUCCUUCCUUGAUUUCUUCCCAUCUUUCCUUCUUUACCUUUGUCUUUCCCUUUCUCCUUUCCUGUCCCUUCUUGCAUGCUCAAAUGCAAAGGGGAAACUUUUCUCCUUUCGUUUUGUUUUUAGUUUGUUUUGAUAGCUCUCUGCCAGUGAAAAUGGAGCCGGGGGGGGGGGGCACAUAUGGCCCCCUGGGCUCCGUUUUCACUGCCAGAGGCACUGUGGGCCAAUUCUUUGCUGUUUCCAGGCUGGCCCCGCAGGCCAAAUCUAAGCACCCCUUGGCCCUUGAGUUUGACACCCCUGUUAUAGGGUGUCUGCAUUUACAGCCUUAAUGGUGCUAUUAAAUUUACUCAGAGAUAGAAUACCUGAUUUGCAUGCAGACUCCAAGUUUAUUCUCUGGCUUCUCAACUCAAGUGGUGGGGGGGAGGAAAUAAGGGGAAAGGUCGUUGAAACCCUGAAGAGCUGCUAUGAGUCAAAAUAGCAAAUGGUGAGCAGCCUGGAGAAGUACUCUGGUAUAACAAAUAAUUAUUGAACUCCCCUAUAUCUAGUGGCAGUGACUCAGAAAUUGUCUUUAAGACACUGUCUUUUUUCGCCUACGUUUGCUGCAUUAUGUUAAUGCAUCUAUUACUUUUGAAAACUGUUAUAAUGCAGUUUCUGAUGGAAUAGCUUAUCUCAUGCAACAAAAAUACCACUUGUGGCACUUGAAAAGCUAACACGUCUAUGACUGCUAACCUUUUCUGGAUCACAGCCCACUUUAUCAGAUGCCUGGAGUAUAGUCUUGAGAAAAAGUAUUUUAUCUCUGUGUACAACUGUGUAUAUGUACAAACGCAUCAGAAGAGCUGUUGAAAGGGUGGAAAGAGAUGCAUAUGAAGAAUGUGAAGCAAGCAGCAACUAUACCCUCUCAUGCCUACAAUUAUGCAUUUGGGGAUUGAUUGAUUGACUGAUUGAUUCUGGCUUGAAAUUGAUAACUUGGAUUGAAUAUGCAUUCCCCAGUAGCUAUGUUGUUUCAGCAUAUGAAAGAAAUACAAGAGAAUGUCAAUUUUAACAAGUUAAAAGGUGGUCUUCAGUCUCAGCCUUCUGAUUUUUUUCUUGACCAGCUGGUUGUUGACCAUUAAUUGAUCUAUUUGAAUUAAUUUAAUUGGUAAUUUAAACAGUUCAGCAUAUGCAGUGAUAAUUUUGAUUCUUUACAUUGUAUACAAUUAUAUGUCGUUAGGAUCCAGUGUCUAAAGUUGUAGAUCGGAAAAUACCAGAAAGAAAAAUAUUAGCUGAAUUGGAUAAGGGUGGUCUCAUACUGGAUCUCAGCCAUGAUUAUGUGUUCUGAAAUAAAGGGAGUUCUUGGAGCCUCCUUGUCAUGAUCAAAUCAACCCCUAAUGACCAUGGACUUCUCUAGCACCACUAUCCAUUGCAGGGAGGUUUCACCCAUUCGAUUCGUCCAUCCCUGGUGACUGAUGAACCUGGAUGAGUUUCAGAGAGAAUUGGGGGCUGUUCCUGUUGGCCUGCUGCACAGUCCAUCUGAAGCCAUGGUCACUGCCUAGAAUGGGGUAAAGCUGAGCUUUAGAUCAGAUCACAUCCAUGUAAUCUCUCCCACUCACAGAGUUGACGAAUUUGAAGAAGAGACAUCAAUAGUAUUGCUGGAGCUCACAAAAGGUGAACUUGACCAAACAUAGCUUACAGCCAUUAACAAGGUCUACCUUGUGGCAGUACAGAUGGUGAAGCAUCUAUUCCCUCACCCUUAUUGCAUCUGUGGAUAGCUGGCCCUGUUUCACGUGACAUGUGCCUUCUUAUGUAUUGGGUGGUCAGAGAACCACCUGCAAGGAUGGUUCAAAGGAUUUUUUUUUUCAGCAUCUGCUGGACAAAAGUCACUUGAAUUUGCUUGGGGUUGGAUGCUAGUCUUGUUGCAGGUCUGGAGGUGAGGCUUGGGGAGAAGUCUUGCCUGAUUAUCUGGAAAUGGUUCCAACUUCUUGGGUCUGGGGAAAUGGGCAGCGUCCUUGGAAUUGUAAAUUCAGCCACCUGCUCCUUAGAUCAGUGCCUCUCCUGGCUUGUUAAAAAAUUUUGGGGGGGGGGGAUCGUAUGGAUAGAUUCUUGUGGUGAAUUUUUCCUUGAGUGAGAGGGUCCUAUUCUUAAAGGGCUUGGUUUAUCCCCUUUUCAAGAAGCCAUUGCUGGACUCCAGAAUACUGGACAACUUUACCCAGUAUAACCUCCAUGUUCUGAUGAAAGUGGUUGAGAAGUUGGUUGCCCAACAACUUCCAAAUCCCUUGUUGAAGUGGAUUACCAGGAGUCCUUUCAGUCAGAAUUCAGAUAUGAGUAUGGGUUGAAAAUGACCUUGGUUGCACUUUUGGGUGAUCACUGUCAAGAGCAAGAUUGAGCAUGGGCAGCAUUGUUAUAUUGGUUUCUCCAAGGUCAAUUCCAGUUGGUGAUGAUUGGGGAAGAAAGAUCCCACUCACAGCCCCUAUUAUUGUAUAUUGGGUGCCACGUUGUUAGGUGUGCUCUCCGUUCAUAUUCAAUACCUAAAUGGGGGAGAUGAAGUCCACAAGUCUUAAAGUUGCCAAGGUUGGAGAUCCCUGCUUUAAAGCCCUUCAUGGCAGAGGGAUUGGUUAUCUGAGGGACCGCCUUUCCCUGAUUAUACCACCUCAACCAAACAGAUCAGCAGAAGAGACAUGCUGCAGGUCCCAUCUGUUAAGCAAUUAUAUUUGGUGGGUCCCAGGAGGUGGGCCUUUUGUCAUGGUGCCUGACUUACAGAAUAUUCUCCUCCCCCUCCCUCCCGAAGUGAGAUCAGUUCCAUCCUUACUUACUUUCUAUAAGUCCCUCAAGACCUCGCUUUGUCAUCAAAGCUUGGAGAGCUCAGGACCAGUGAGAUCUUGAGGUGGCUCCCUUGCUAGUCUAACAUCAUGUGUGCCAUAUGCUUUUAAAACUUUUAAAAUAAUGAUUAUUUUAACAUGUUUUAUUAUUUAUAUCUUUGUUGUAAACUUCCCAGAGAGACUUCUUGUCGGAUGGGUGGCUGUAUAAUUUUGAUUAAUAGCCUGAAAGAAUAAGCUAGCAUGAAUCUCCCUAGUAGUGGGAUUUACUUGCAACUUGAAGAAAAAGUUCGUUUCUCCUGAAAUCCUGUACACACUAUUGGGAGAAAUUGACUAGGAUACUUUAAGUAAAAGCAAUUAAAAUCAUCUCUUCCUUGGGAACUCCAUUCUGUGCUGACAAAUACUAGGAACGCUUGAGUUGAUCAUGGGAAGAAAUUGCUAUUCUCCAGGCAGAAUGGGGGAAAAAUAAUAUUAGAUAAACAUCUCUGUCUGAGUGGCUUUCUCUUGCAUUUCACUCAGUGGCUUUUUCUUGCAUUUCUCAUCUGUGUACAUUAGGUGGGAGUAUUUUAUCACAGCCAAAACAUUUUGUUGCUCCCAGUCAAGGGUUAUAUCUAUAUAUACACAGUAGGUAUAAUGUCAGUAAGUACCUAUAAUGACUUCUUCCUUGUUAUAGACAGGAAUAUUUCUCUGGUUGAAUCCAGCAUAAUGCUUGGAGCAUUGGAAAAAAGUGUAACUACUCAAUAGUUUGUUAAAAUAUGAUUUUGUCUGCAACAUGUCUAAUACAAUCAUACUAUAAUAAGCCAGCAUUUGAAUUAAUUAAAGUAAAAAUUGUGUUGAGAGAGAGAGAUAGUUUGCCAUCAUAUAUUUCACUUAAAUUUUGUGGGAAGAGUUACUGAAAUUCUAACAAUUGAUAGAUUUUCUUUCAAUUAGUGAAUUGCUUAGUUAAUCUUCCCUUGAAAAAAUGUCCCCAAGCUGAAAAUUGAUUGCUCAACCCUGAGCUAGAUCAGUCACUGCACCUAACUGAAUGUUAUACAGUACUUAGUGUUUCUCACAGUUGUUGUACUGUGUUUCCCCGAAACUAGGACCUGUCCAGAUAAUAAGCCCAAUUGGGCUUUCAAGCGCAUGUGCUAAAAUAAGCCCCCCCCAAAAUACUUAGACGCAUGCACAGCUGCCGUGCAAACACCAUGGUGUGAGGAGGCGAGGCUAGAGGGGGAGGAAGGGAGGGGGAACAUGCCCCACACGCCACAUACGAACCUGCCAUCCACACAGAACAGCCUCAUGGAGGCCGCUCCUGCAAACUCUCGCUCACGUGACCCUUCUCUUAGGGCAGCGGUUCUCAACCUGUGGGUCGCGACCCCAUUGGGGGUCAAAUGAUGAUUUGCUUAGGGGUCGCCUAAGAACAUCGGAAAUAUGGGAAGUAUACUUGCGAGUCAAAGAAUCGCACUCCAAUGGUUGACUCCACAAGCCAGCUGCAGGCUCUUCAAAUCGCUAGCCGAAUUCGGCUUCAGGCGCGAUGGAUUAAAAAAGAGAGAAAUCUUUGCUCUGAUGUCUCCCUCUCAAGCCAGCUGCAAUCACUCCCAAUCGCUAGCCUAAUUUGGCUUCAGGCGUGAUAAACUUAAUAGGGGAGGAGUCUCCGUUUUAAUGCCUCCGUCCUCAAGGCAAUCGCAUGCAGUUCAGAUCGCUAGCCAAUAUGGCUUCAGGCGCGAUAAAUUAAAAAUGAAAUUAAUUUUACAGUUGGGGUUGCCACCUCAUGGGGAAUUGUAUUAAAGGGGUCGCCACAUCGUGGGGAAUUGUAUUAAAGGGGUUGCAGCACUAUAAAGGUUGAGAACCACUGUGUUGUGACCCAGGUUCCUGGACCCGGACUCCUGGACUUGGAUGAUUCAGAAAGUGAGGGAGAAGACCUGGCAAGCCCUGCUUCUCUUGAGCCCUCUCCCUCCCUGGCACCCACUCAAAGGGAGGAGGAGGGGCCGGCAAGGCCUGAUUCUCUGGAGCCUUCUUCUGAUUUGGCAACACCCCAAGAACAGUUUUGGAGUGAUGCAAGACUGCGCAGACGUGACCGGCGCGCGCAGCAGAAGCAGCGUUGGGAUAAAGCCAAGUAAUAAUUGUCAUGCAGUGACAUCUGCAGAGACUAUAAAUAGGAGGCGGGACUUCCUGGUUUUUUGUCUUGGACAAAGCAAUGAAUUUGCGCGGGCAAACUGUAUCAAUGGAGGGAAGAAUAUAUUCGUGAGUAAUUCUGGCCUUAUCUAUAAUUUCCUCGUUAUCUCCAGAAACUUGGCAGGCCCGUGGGUAGACGUGGCCAGGACAUUAUCUAUGUAAAUAAAUUAGAAAAGAAGGCCUCUGACUGACUCUUUGCUGGGAGUAUUGGGGGGAGGGAAACAGAACACACUGUCUUAGUGGCAGCCGCAAAAAAACCUCUUGCCAGCCUUAGCAUGUCAGGAGCUGGAAGUCAGGUAAGACACGGCAGAGAAGCGAGACACGUGUCUUACCUGACUUCCAGCUCCUGCCAUGCCCAGUGAGGGGAGGGGAGAAGAGAUGGCAAGGGGAGUCCCAUCUUGCUCCAUGUAUCUUGCUUCUCUGCCACCCACCCCUCCCCACUUGCCACUCCCCCUCACCGGCUGAGAUUGGCAAGCCAGAUUCAGGGAGCUGCCGCCGAAUGCGCUGCCACCACCCAGGAGGAGAGGAACAUGAGAAAUGGACUCUCUCAUAGCUCCUUAUCUCUCUCUUCUCCCAAGUAGCAGCAGUGCAUCAGGCUCACCGAAUCUGGCCUGCUGAUCUCGGGUGGCAGCAGCUCUGACCCGAUCCUCACUGGCAAUGCCGUGGGCAAGAACCCGCCACGCCGAUCCUUCUUAAUGGCUGUGCAGACAGCCCGCACCAGCCACUGCUCGGAGCUCUGACACCAGCCCCCUCCCCACACUCCCAGGUCGACAGGGUUAGGGCUGGCAAGAGUUUUUUUGCGGCCGCCACUAAGAGAAAGGGCGUGCGGUCUAGAGUUUGCGGGAGUGGCCUCCACGAGGCUGUUCCACCUGGAUGGCAGGUGCAUGUGGGGCAUGUUCCUUCCCCUUGGCCCCCCCACCACCUCACCUACUCACCUCAUGCUGUUUGCACAGGAAGCAAUGAAAAAGCUGCCACGAUUGCUGGGAGCAGCAGCCUGAGCAGCACCAGCAAAGCAGCUGGUCAGAGAUCCGGCAUCAGUCCCCCUGCCAAAAAACGAGAUUUAGGGGCCUCCUGCACCUCAAAAAUAAUAAGACCCCCAAAAUAAUAAGGCCAAGGCCAUAUUUCGG